GCUCUCCAGGUAAUUCUGUGCAACAAUGUUUGAGAACCACAACUUUAGCAAAACUAUGCCGCACACAUGAGGUUCCAGAGCAGCUGCAGGACAAUGGCCACCUCCAACUGACCAGGCUUCCUCAAAGAGCUGACUUGUUCUAGCUGCUUAUGCUUUUUGAACCAUUUGCAACUGAAUGUGGACACAGGUCUUGCUAUGAGUGUCUCUUAAGAAGCUGGAAGGAAAGCCCGCCUUGCACCUACCUCAAGGUCAAGGAUAUGUACAAGAAUGAGGUCCGAGAUACCCUAAUAAGAGAGCAUGUCCCUUGGAAGAGAGAAAUGAGCAGGCAGGAUUUAUCGAGGGAGUCCAGUGAGAGAAGGGAAAAAGGAAGCACAGUAACUCCAUCCUUGUUCACAGACACCAUUUUAAGAUUAUUAACUUUUCCAAGGUGUUUUUGAGUCUUGACCACAAAGAUAGUUAGAACAGAUGAGGAUUUUCAGGUUUGCCACCUGAGGAUGGGAGUGGAAGACCAGGGAGCAGCUGAACAGAUAAAGGCCCUUCGGUGACGGCUCUUCUCUUUGGCUUUUUCCCUGAAGGGAAAUACCAGGUUUACAAAGGCCUGUGGCGGAGGAAGACCUGCUGGUUUGAGGCGCCCCGAAGGCGCGGACCUGCUCUGAGGCUUGGUCGUGGGUUGCACAAGGAGCGUGAGGUCGGCAGGUGUGAGUGCCCCGAUUCACCGUGACUCUCUUCGGUUCGGAGCGCGGGGGAAUUUUCCGCGGGAGGAGCCGUUGCCCAGGACACCUGCAGGGAUGUCCGAGAAGCUCCGCUCCCAGUUACAGCAACAAAUCCCAGAAGAUGCCUACUGUGGGGAACACCAACAGCCACUGCGGCUGUUCUGUGAUGAUGACCAAAUGCUGCUUUGUGGCCAGUGCUUCCACCCCGAGGGGCACGAGAGUCACGUGGUGUUCGGAGUCCAAGAGGCUGCUGGCCGCUACAGGGAGUUAUUCCAGGAGAUAUUGAACACAUUGAAGGAGAAACUUGAAGUAGCUAAAAGCAUAUUGGCUGAUGAGCAAGAAAGAAUGGUGAUGAUUCAGGGAGAAGAACAGGAUUUUAAAGACAUGAUUGAGUCUGAAUAUAGGAUGAGGUUCCAGUUGAUGGUUGAAGAGAAGACGAAUUUCCAGAGGCUUCAAGGGGGUGUGUCCAACCCCAACAUGAGGGAAGAAGGUCUGAAUCAACUGAUGGAGUUCGCCACAGAGCUGAAGGAGAAAUCCCAGGAAACGCUACAGAGACUGAGCGAUUUGGGGAAAGAGAACAUGAAUAAGCUGAAGGAGAGUGAAGUCAGGCUUUCGGAACAUAUCUGCAGCCUCCAAAGGAUCAUUGCAGAGCUAGAGAAGAAGUGUGGGGAGUACAACUUAGCGUUCCUCCAGAAUGCGAAAUAUUCUGUGGAAAGGAGCGAAUCAAUACUGCUUGAGUGUCUGGAGCCCGCCCAUAUCACAGACCUGAGUCUGUGCCAAGUAACAGGAAUGAGCAGGAUGCUCAACACUCUCCAAAGAGCUGUCACUUUGGAUCCUAAAACAGCUCAUCCCUUUCUGGUCUUAUCUGAGGAUCUGAGAAGUGUGAGUCUCAGAAAUGUCCAGCAGGACAUUCCUGGCAGCCCAGGGAGAUUCAUCUUUGGUGCCACUGUGUUGGGUAUGGAGGGUUUCACCUCAGGGAGGCACUACUGGGAGGUAGAUGUGGAAAAGGCAACCAGGUGGCAGCUGGGGAUAUCCGAAUACCCUGCCAGCAGCAAUUGUGACCUACCCGCUCCUUCCAGAGAUAAAUUCUUACUCACAGGUUCUAUGAUGGGAACCGAUUAUACGUUCUGGGUCUUUCCCCCUCUGAAAAGGGUCUUCUUGAGAGGAGAGCAAAUGCAUAAAGUUGGAGUCUUCCUAGACUGUGAGUAUGGGCAGGUAGCCUUCUAUGAUGUGACAAAUAGAUCCCUCAUUUAUAAUUUCUCUUCUCUCACCUUCUGCGGAGCUGUCAGGCCCAUAUUUUCUCUUUGUAUCCCAAGUGGAGGCCCAAGUUCAGACUCGCUGAGCAUUUGCUUUCCUCAUGUUUCUUCUUGUGAUGUUAAUGUUAGUCCACAGUCUUCCUCGGCAUGAAAUCUAAAACCACAAGGGGCCAGAAAGUAAAGAGCUUGACUUUGUAAAAGAAUCCAUAUAAAGUAAUCCAAUAAAAGUUUCUAACACUUGAUUGAAUUGGAAUCCAGUUCAUUACCCCAGAGUUUUCGCAUUCAUGUGGCUUUCAACACGUAUUUAGUGAAAAAGGUUAUGUUGAAACUGAGUGAUGAAGGAUGAUAAUGGAAGGACCCUACACUAAUUAGAACAAUAAAUGCAUAUGCAGCAUAAAAUUGGGAACUUAGGAAAGUAAUAUAGUCUGGAAUCUCUAAGACUAAGUUAAGGACUCUAGUGUAAUUUCUGAAAAUGGAAUUAGAUAUAAUCAAGACUUUAGAUUUGAGGAUAUCAUCAUAGUGACAUAUGAAAUGAAGACAUCCUAAGACUGAUCCUAUUACUGACAGUGUCAAGACUUCCUGAUAUCAUUCUAAACAGAGAACUUAAUUUCCCUGGAUAUUUUAUUUGGGUGGGGAGGUGGUGGUGUAGAAAAUGUGAAUAUUUUAAAAAAUUUUUUUCAAGUAUUCUACUACUUUCUUGCAAGGAAAAUUAGGUUUCUUAAAAGAAGCCUGAUAAUUCAAUGCUUUGGAACGUAGAAAUAAAACUGUAAUGUUAUUUUGUAUUUUCUGCCUUCGUUGAUCCCCUGGAAAGGUUUUCAUGCAGCCUUGCUCAGAGGUGGUUCUACAAUGCUGAGGUGAUGAUGACAGAAUAUUCAUAAAGGGACUUUUACGUGAAUGGUUUUUCAUACUGUAUUUUCCUUCAUAUUUUUAACAACCUAGAAGUACAUAUUCAUCUUAACUCCUCAUGUAGAAACUGGGACUCAGAGGUGAUUCAGUUUUCCUAAAGUCACAGUAAGUAACCAGGAUAAUCUGGAUCAUCCUAUAAAAAGGCAAGCUCUGACUCAAAUGCUGUUGCUUAUGCAGUAGGUUCCUUUACAUGACUAGGUAGGUCAGUGGUCUAAUUUUAUUCAGAUUUUCCCAAAAUGGAAGCUAAUUUCUAUAGGAAGUGGCGGGAACAUUUGUAUUUGUUUCUGUAGAUACUGUGGGGGCUGUGUUCUUCAGGAAGGACAGAGUAAAGGGGAAGAAAAGGAAAAUACUACAAAAUGGCUUCAGUCUUUUGGGGAUCUGAGAAGGUGUAAAGUCUUAUUUACCUAUUUUGGAGGACAGUCUUUUUGGUUUGUUUUGUUUUGUUUUUUACAUUUAUUUGAGAGAGACCGAGCACAAGCGGGGGAGGAAUAGAGGAGGAGGGUCAAGCCGACUUCUGAGAAUGGAGCCAGAAGCAAGGCUCAAUCCCACGGUCAUAGGAUCAUGACAUGAGCUGAAAUCA